UUGUCUAUGGAGCACCUAGGGGACAAAGGCAAAGAAGAGAGAAGAAAUAAAGAAGUUCGAUAUCGAGGAGUUCGAAGAAGGCCUUGGGGAAAGUUUGCUGCAGAGAUUAGAGACCCUUCGAGGCAAGGUGCACGGUUGUGGCUGGGGACAUUCGACACGGCUGAGGAGGCUGCUCGUGCUUAUGAUCGUGCAGCGUUUAAUCUCAGAGGUCAUCUUGCUAUUCUCAACUUCCCUAAUGAUUAUUAUUCUCAAGUAAUGGGUUUUGGUCCUCUUCGUCCUUUAUCAUCUGUUAUAUUUCCAUCAUCAUCAUCAUCUUCUGCUUCUUCAUCCUCUAGUUUUCGACCUAGUGAGGGUUUUGAGAGGGGAACUUCUUCAAUUGGACAACAAAAACCAGUUUUUGAGUUCGAGUAUUUGGACGAUAAGGUGUUGGAGGAGAUGCUUGAGUCAGAAGAAGAAAAGAAGAAGCGAAAUAGAGAUUGAAUUUUGCUGGCUUGGUAUUGAUACAUUUGCUUAAAUACUGGAGUUUCUUGUAAUUCCUCAACACAAAGUACUUAACUAAACAAUGUAUAAUGGGAGAGGUGAAUUAAGAAAUAUAAUGCUCUAAAGAGUAACCUAAGGUGAGUUUGUUGGCAUUUUUAUAAUAAAAGCUUUCAAUUUC